GAGAUAAUGAGUUGUAACUGGUUCUCUUCCUCUUCUCAAUCAAUCAGCCCAGUCCGACGAAGAGUCUGUAUUCCAGGUUUUACAACCAGUUUCACCGAGUUUCCGCUUCCGGCCGUUCAUUUUUUUAUGAAUUAAGAAUGAAGAAAAUGAUCCUGAGAGGAAGAAAGCAAAUACAAUUUCGGAGACAGAAACUCUGGUUUAGUGGAAAUAAAAACAUUUUAAAACGAGAAAACGUAUUAAUAAAGGGUGCAGUAGCUGUCAGCAGGGGGCGCGUUUGGCCAGUAUCCGCGUGCUGUCAGCAGGGGGCGCGCUUUGUUGACAGCAGCUCAGAUCAACAUGUAGGCUAUCAGACAGACGACAGGGCGACGUCUCAGCUCCAGAACAGUAUAAUAUUAUGACAUUAUAACGUCAUAGCAGCAUAACACCCGGGACCUCAGCAGCAGCUCUCAGACAAGCUGAGUCCUGUUGGCAGCAACAUGGCGUCUAGCCCGCCUUCCGUCCUGAGAGAGUACUGCCCCCUCUACUACCUGCUGAGUGCCAUCCCAGCCAAGGUGCAACGGGGGUUCCGGUCCGUCCUGGUCUACCUGACGGCCCUGGACAGCAGCAGCGACUUCCUGGCGGUGGGCAGCAGCAUCGGCAUGCUCUACUUGUACAGCCGUCGCCUCGCUCACAUGAACAAGUACAGCCUGGAGGGGAAGAGUGACGCAAUCACGGCUGUGAAGUUGCUCAGCUGCUUUGACGAUCUGGUUGCCGUGGGAACAGCAUCAGGUCGAAGCACCUUGGUGAAGCACCUGUCUGUCUCUCUGCAGCUGAGGCGGUUCGACGUGGUGGGCCUCCACAGGGGUUCCAUCUCGUCUCUGUGCUGGAGCCCCAACGGCAUGAAGCUGUUCUCUGGAGACGAUAAGGGCCGAGUGGUGCUCUCCUCUCUGGACCUCCAGCAGGGCGUGUGUAAGCCGGUGCUGCUGCUGGAGGAGGCCUCGGCCGUGGUCCAGAUGCAGUACAGCCACCAGGUGCUGCUAGUCUCCACUCGGCACCGGUCUCUGCUCUACUGCACACAGAACCAGGAAGUCCAGCAGCUGGGCACCAAGCCCCGCAGGAGCAGCGGCCGGUUCGGUGCCUGCUUCCUGCCGGCGCUCUGUAAGCAGAGCGACCUUCAGGUGUUCGCUGCUCGCCCUGGACUCCGACUCUGGAGGUCUGACAUCAGAGGACAGGUGGAGGACACGCGGCAGCUCAAACCACUCUUCAACAGCCAGAUUCCUCAGUGUGAGUUGUUUCCUCGACCCGGUCCAAUGGGAGCGUACUGUCCAGAAGACAGACAGCUGGGUCUGCUCAGCUGCUUCCUCAGAGAUGGUUGGAUCCUCAGCUGGAACGAGUACAGCCUGUAUGUCCUGGACUGUCUGAACGAGGUGGUUGUCGGGGCGCUGGAGAGCAGUGGAGACAUCGUGUCAGUAUCGUGUUGUGACAACGAGAUCUUCAUCCUGAAAGGAGACCGAGAUGUCAUUCGUCUCUCCACCGGCCCCGAGGGACUCUCCUCCAGCUUGCUGGAGCUGUCUGUCCAUCAGCCAUCACAUUUGGCCACGCCCACCAUCCUCCCACCAACUGGAUCAGUGGAAACAGCUCAGCCAAUCAGAACCAUGGCUAUCAUCGUGGAGGUUGGGGGGAGGGAGCCGCCAGGCGGAGGACGGGAGGGGCCCAGCGCUGAGGGAGAGAAGGAGGAAGUGGAGGAGGCGGAGGAGCAGCUGGAGGUGAUGGAGACGCCCUUCUUCACUAGCAGCUCUCGCAGCCGCAGCAGCUCCGUCACGUCCUACGACAGUCUCCAUGGAAACAGCCCGCUGACCACUUCCUGUGAACUGAGCUGCAGGCGCUACAGCGCCCCCUUCGGCCAGGAGGGGCUGCAGCAGGAGCUGGUGGUGAAGGCCAUCCGGGUGAAGAAGAAGAGGAGACGCCAAGACGGCAGCAGUGGGAGACACCUCUCAGAGAGCAGCUGCUCAGAGUCCAUGUUCCAGGACGUCAGCUGUAGUGAUGGAGGAACUCCUCUGAGUGACAGAGCCUCCCUCUCUGGUCUGGACCUUCAGAAGCAGGACUCUCCGGAGCAAAUCCAGAACGCAGAGGCUGAAGCUUUAGACGGAAGUGUAAAGGAUGGAGAAGAGGAGGCGGAGUCUGGGUCCUCCCCCCCUCCCGGCUCUCUGCUCCUCCAUGGGAUGGGGGCCUCUGAUCCUGGUGCAGAGGCCGAGGUGGUCCAACUGACCCCAGAUGUGGAUCUUCUGCUGGAGUGCAGCUUCUCCUACAUGCACAACACUGAGGAGGGGCAGGAGCAGCAGCCAGUGGAGGAGCAGGAGGACGAGUUUGUGAGCCCUCUGAUUGGACCAGAGGAAGAAGAGGAGGAGGAUGAGGACCAGGUCCCCCCUGCUGGUCUGGCAGACCAGAUGUUCUACUCCACUAAGUCCAGUCUGGACAGAAAACCCAGUCUGUCCAGUGAUGAAGAUGGAGACAUCUACUGUCCCUCUCUGGGCCCUUCUGGCAGCCGAGGGGACAUCCAUCAGAUGGAGACCACCGACCGACAGGUGGACCAGGACCCUCAGGAAAGAGACACACUCAAACCUGACCAGUUGGCAGAAAGCUGGAUGGGUUACUCAGGACCAGGAUGUGGAAUCCUGAGCCUGCAGGUGACGGACAGGCAUGUGUGGUGUCUGGACUUUAAAGGAGGACUAUUCUGCAGCGGUCUACUUGAGACUGGGCUCAACUGGCAGCGCUUUGAAGACAACGUCCACCAGGUGGCGUUGUCACCCUCAGGUAACCUGCUGUGGAAGGUGGAGCAGAGGAGCAUGACGGCGUCUGCUUGUGCGAAGGUUUCGGUCAAAGGGAAGCGUCACUGGUACAAAGCUGUGGAGCAAACGGCCUUCGUGGCCCUGAGUGAAGACUCGGCCUGGAUCAUCAGGACCAACGGAGACCUCUACCUGCAGACAGGUCUGAGCGUGGACCGGCCCUGUGCCCGCUCCGUGAAGGUGGACUCUCCCUGUGUGUUCACCCAGGUGUGUGUCAGCGCAGGUGUGGUCUGGGCCCUGAGCGAACACAAAGCUUUAUUCUACAGAGAAGGACUGAACAGCUACUGCAGUGAAGGAGAAGGCUGGAAGUACGACACCGUCAGUGAGGCCCAGGGUCUGGAGCUGAUGUGUGUCGCUCUGGCAGAAGGCGGUACUGCGUGGGCGCUCGAUGCCGGCGGAAGCCUCUGGUUUAGGACCGGCAUCUGUUCCUCCAGACCGCAGGGCGACGACGACCACUGGUGGCAGAUCAGUAUCUCGGACUACGUGGUCUUCGACCAGGGCAGUCUGUUCCAGACGCUGCUGCACGCCACCCAGAGCGUUGCCACGGCGACCCGGGCGCCGGUGGAGCGCGUGGUGGCCUUCUUGUCGCAGCACUCGCAAUGCCAGCCGAGCCUGGUCAGCGCCAACAACAGUGGAGUUUGGGUCGCCUCGGGACGCAACCAGCUGCACCUGGCCCGGGGCAGUCUCGUGGGAACUUUCUGGCAGAACGUCGUUCCAAGAGGAACCGUGUCGGCCACCAAGUGGAGCGCCAUCACAUCGUCAGCUGUGCCUCACAGAGAAGGUACAUUCCUGUGGCUGGCUCAGAGCAGGAAGGACCUGUUCUGUGUUUGGGACCAGGAUGGAGAGCUCCGCCCCUCGUCUAUUAUUCUACCACUUGAGAUGGAGCUUACUCACCUGUCUGCCUGUCGUGAUGCUCUGUGGGGUUUGGACACUCAUGGCCGAGUCAGUAUCCGUACUCUGUCUCCGUCCUGUCCUUUCGGACUCCACUGGACCCCUCUGGACCUCAACCAGCUCGGAAGUGUUCGUUUGGUCAGCGUGAGCUGCGGCAGCCAGAACGUCUGGGCGGUGGACUCUCGAGGAACCGUCUACUUCAGGGUGGGAACGCAGCCCCUCAACCCCAGCAUGAUGCUGCCAGCCUGGAUCAACAUAGAGCCCCCUGUACAGCCAAUCGGAGUGCAGCUGGUCCGGGUACAGACAAGUCCCAAUGACCGGCUCCUGUGGGCGCUGGACAACAGAGGCAGUGUUCUGGUCCGGACCGGACUGAGUGAGGAGAUGCCUGUGGGGACGGCCUGGGAGCUGGUACCAGGUCUAACCGUCAGCCAGCUGGUCCUCAGCUCCAGGACUGUGUGGGCCCGCUGUGCUAACGGAGAUCUGGCUCGCCGCUAUGGGGUCAGUGACCGGAACCCAGCUGGGGACUACUGGAAGAAGAUCCCCGGACAGGCCACCGGGCUGACUGUGACCCCAGAGGACGAGUUGUGGGCGGUGACUCUGAUUGGUGGAUUAUCCCGUCGCCUGACAAAGCUCCUCCCACAAACUCCCUGCAGACCCGCCCCCUCGGGUUCCUCACUCAGCGGGGACGACGUGGAUGACGAAUGGGAGCUCAUCUGAUCCGUGAUGUCACUACUUCCUGUGACAUUUGGCUUCAUAAGAUUACUGACACACAAAGGGAACCCGGGUGGCUGCUGGGUAAUGCCUGAAGUGAGGCUGAAGUUUAUUGUAGUUCUAACAGGGAGCACUUUAAUAAGAAGGGACGGUCCACCGGAACUGGAUCGGUCCACUUUAGUCUGCUUGUUGUUUAACUCGUGACCCCCGGUUCAGUCCCUCAUUUAAACUGGUCUCAGCUUUUUUUGAUUAACUGUAGCGGACUCUAAUGGACCCUGGUGGACUAUAGCGAACUCUAAUGGACCCUGGUGGAGAAUGAUGGACUCUAAUGGACCCUGGUGGAGAAUGAUGGACUCUAAUGGACCCUGGUGGACUAUAGGGGGCUUUAAUUUACCCUGGUGGACUGUGUUGUACUCUAAUGGACCCUGGUGGACCAUUAAACUGCAUUAAGGUUUAGGUCUUAGGUCUGAACUGGAUCUGUAUUUAAUGUGUGCACAUCAUGAUGUCAUUAUCAUGAUGAUGUCAUCAGCAUGAUGUAGUUAUCAUGAUGUCAUUAUGAUGAUAAUGAUGUCAUGAAUCAUUAACUUAAUAAACAUGUUGAAACACA